GGCCAGGGAGCUUCGAGGAUGGCGGCGUCCGCGGCGCUGAUUCUGCGGGAGAGCCCCAGCAUGAAAAAAGCAGUGUCGCUGAUAAAUGAAAUAGAUAUAGGAAGAUUUCCACGAUUGCUCACCCGAAUUCUUCAAAAACUUCACCUGAAGGCUGAGAAUAGUUUCAGUGAAGAAGAGGAAGAAAAACUUCAAGCUGCAUUUUCUCUGGAGAGACAAGAUCUUCACCUAGUUCUUGAAACAAUAUCUUUUAUUUUAGAACAGGCAGUAUAUUACAAUGUGAAGCCAGCAGCUUUGCAGCAGCAGUUAGAGAACAUUCAUCUUAGACAAGACAAAGCAGAAGCAUUUGUCAGUGCUUGGUCUUCUAUGGGUCAAGAAACAAUUGAAAAAUUCAGGCAGAGGAUUCUUGCACCCCACAAGCUGGAGACGGUUGGAUGGCAGCUUAACCUUCAGAUGGCUCACUCUGCCCAAGCAAAACUAAAAUCUCCUCAAGCUGUGUUACAGCUAGGAGUGAGCAAUGAGGAUUCGAAGAGCCUGAAAAAAGUUCUUCUGGAAUUCAAUCACAAGGAAUUGUUUGAUUUCUAUAACAAGCUAGAGACCAUACAAGCACAGCUGGAUUCCCUUACAUGAUGUUCUCAAAGACUGGUUUCUCUAUCACACUCCUGCCACCUCAUUGUUUUGCAUUGAAGAUAAACUGCCAGGUUGUGUUUUCUGAAGGAUUCAUUAGCUUUCUUCUUGUAAAUUAUACGGUUUAUUGCUUCUUAUACAAUAACAGCCAAGGAAGAUCAUUGUUUUGAGUACUGGAGUUCUAAUAUACAUUCUCCAGUUCUGUGAGCCAACAGCAAGCAAUUGUUAAGAACAUUUUUGUUUUAAGGGGAACAAAAGUGAAUAUCGUAUUGUUUUUACUGUCCUAUUUUUGCUUUAUUGCCUGACCUGUUUAUUUUUUACAUACUUGAUGAUAUUUCUAUGUGUCAAGAAGGGUCCAUGGAUACAAAGUGUAAUAUGUACCUUAGAACACAGAACUUCUUUAAUUACAUUAAUAAAAGUAAGAAAGUAGCCA